UUUUCGUGUUGAUGAGCAUCAGUUCAAAUUCUACCUUUCAUUUUAAUUAAGCGUUUUGGCUGGAACUGAUAAAUUUUAUGUUUGUUGAGUUUGCAUACUAAAGAAUGAUGAAGGAAUAUUGGGUCUGUGUAACCCAUAUGAUCAGUGGGACAUGUUCCUUACAAUUAUGAAUUUAAUGUUAACAUGUUAUUAAAAAUCAGGUUGAGACUUUUUAGUUACAUGAAUGUUUGGAUCUACAUGUACUAUUAAUGAUGAAGGAACAUUGGGUCUGUGUUACCCAUAUGGUCAGUGGGACAUGUUCCUUACAAUUAUGAAUUUAAUGUUAAUAAUGUUAUGUAAUUAAAGUCAUGUUGGGACUAUUUACUUACAUAAUGUUUGAAUCUUCAUGUACUAAUAAUGAGGAAGGAACAUUGGGUCUGUGUUACCCAUAUGGUCAGUGGGACAUGUUCCUUACAAUUAUGAAUUUCAUGUUAAUAACGUUAUGUAAUUAAAGUCAUGUUGGGACUAUUUAGUUACAUGAAUGUUUGAAUCGACAUGUACUAAUAAUGAUGUAGGAACAUUGGGUCUGUGUUACCCAUAUGGUCAGUGGGACAUGUUCCUAUUAUUAUGAAUUUUAUGUUAACAUGUACAUGUAGAUCAAAAUCUUGUUGGUAUGCGCUUAACUGAUCAGGUCAAAAUACCAAGUACAUGGUUGAAAUCAUCUGUUAAUGCAAAAGUUGAUUAUGAAAAAAAAAUUUAUGGGUUAGGCUAAUCAUAUAUGUGAAAGGAUAGGAUUCAUACUUAUUAUUCUUAUUAUAUGUUUAGCCAUUAUGCCACCCAAAAAGAGAGCCAGGAGAGAUGAUGUGGCAACUGGAGGAUUACCACCAACAACACCACCAACUGAAGUAAAUAAGGGGAAAAAAGGGCCAAAAAGAAUCCGAAAACAGUCGGAGAAUGACACUGUCAAUGUGCUACCAAAUAUUGAUUAUGAACUUCUGGCAAAAGAAAUUGUAAACCAACAAAAAGCUGAUAGUGAGAAACAAAACAUCAGUGAAAGUGUUGGGCAACCUCCGAUGGUGAAUUCUGUUGAGGAUACUGCACCAGUAGUUGGGGAAGCUAUACCGGCCGCUGCCACAAUUUCUGCCUCUGCGGCUGCCACAAUUCCUGCCUCUGCACUGGGAACCUUACUGGAUAAUGUGUUCACAGAGAGCCAGGGAGGCAGCACCAUAUCUAGACCAACAACCAACUGCCAUUCCCGAGCAUCUAUUGCAGAUUUGUCCUCAACCACCCAAACAAUCUUAGUAGCAGCUUUGUCUCCCUCUGCACGUUUAUCAUACAGACGUUCAUGGGAACUUUUUCUCACAUUUCGAAAUAAUCCAGUGUCGUUACCUUUGUUUACCAUUGACAUUUGUAAUUUUAUUGGUUUCCUGUUUGAAAAACAAUACAGUUCCAGCAGCAUUGCCUCACAUAUAUCUGCUCUGAGUUAUAUACACAAAAUUAGGAGUAGCGACAACAAGCGCUACGUACACAAGGGCAAUAACUUUGUAAGUUCUGAGAGUAAUAAGGCAAAGGGUCAUUUGGUACCAUAA